UGCUGGUGUUGCCGGCGGAGCGGGCUUUCAGCUUCACCAUGCUGUUGCUGUUUGUGAUCCUGAGAGCCUAGCCAAAUCACCUCUACUGCCGUAGCAAACACUGUGUAAGUGAACUCAUGUGUGGAGGAGGCGUAAUCAGCCGGGAAAUUUCAUAGAAGGAUCCUGGAAAACGCUAAAAAUAAGUUCGACAUGAUUCUACUACGAGGAUCUGGAUUUCUACAAGACCAGCUUUGCUUCUUGCUUUGAAUUCUGAAGAGAGGUCCAAAGCUGAUUUCUUAUGUGUGUCUGCUGUGUUUCUGCCUGGCAGGGCGGGAGACUGCUUCUUGACUGUGUUUUGAAAUGGGAGGUAGAGAGAAUGGAAUGCCUAAAAUUAAUGCCUGAAAAUGUAUUCUUUGGGUAAUUAAAGAGGAACUGCUUUCCUAAAGCAUACUUGACCUUUUAGUUCCUACUGGUCUGUGACCCCCACCACCACCACCAUUACCCUCCAGGGUGAUUAGCCUACCCUUCUUGUAUUCCCAUGGAAGCAGCUGGGUAUAUUUAAUAUUAGGACCACAUCCAGAAGUCUUUGAGGAGGGGGAUGGCUCUUCUUCAUAUUCAUGAAGCCUGCAUACUUCUGUUGGUCAUCCCUGGAUUGGUCACUUCUGCUGCCAUCAGUCAUGAAGACUAUCCUGCUGAUGAAGGCGACCAGACCUCCAGUAAUGACAAUCUGAUCUUUGAUGACUACCGAGGGAAAGGGUGUGUGGAUGACAGCGGCUUUGUAUACAAGUUGGGAGAACGAUUUUUCCCAGGGCAUUCCAACUGUCCAUGUGUAUGUGCUUUGGAUGGACCUGUUUGCGACCAGCCGGAAUGCCCUAAAAUUCACCCAAAGUGUACUAAAGUGGAACACAAUGGAUGCUGUCCUGAGUGCAAAGAAGUGAAAAACUUUUGUGAAUAUCAUGGGAAAAAUUACAAAAUCUUGGAGGAAUUUAAGCCCUCUCCAUGCGAAUGGUGUCGCUGUGAGCCCAGCAAUGAAGUGCACUGUGUUGUAGCAGACUGCGCAGCUCCCGAGUGUGUCAACCCAGUCUAUGAACCAGAGCAAUGUUGUCCUGUCUGCAAAAAUGUGCAUGACAUGCAUGGUGAUGAUGCGCUCUGUGGACUAGACAACGGGGUUGAAAGUCCAAACUGCUUUGCAGGAACGACAAUAAUCCCAGCUGGCAUCGAGGUGAAAGUGGAUGAAUGUAACAUCUGUCACUGUCACAACGGGGACUGGUGGAAGCCAGCUCAGUGCUCAAAACGCGAGUGCCAAGGCAAGCUGACCGUGUAG